ACGAAAACUAGGAAGACAGUUGAAGACGAAAACAUCUGCAUCUUUACAUUUACGAGCAACUUCGAAAGAACAGGAAAGAAGCGAGCUUGCUUUCCAGGUCUACACACAUUCACAAUCGUUGUAUUUAGUUAGAAGAAAUAAUGGGUUUAUUGUCUGUGCGCUUGGAUAAAAGUUGACUUCUUCACUAGAUGGCAUGAAGUAUGAACUGUUUAAUUGCACAAUACCGUGGGAUUGUAGCAUCUACAAUGGCACCUUGUACCGUGGUUCAGCGGAAGGACAAUAUCUCCAAAUUGUUGAGGGAUGACAAUGUGAAGAAAAUUAUUCUUGUUGGGGAUUCUGGAGUUGGAAAAACAUGGACAGCUAGACAGGUAAGUAAUCAUGCAAUUAAAGAUGGUUUAUUUGAGAUUGCUGUUUGGGUAUUCCUCAACAGAGAAAAUGAUGUGCCGACUCUUUGUAAGAGUAUUGCUCAUCAGUUAUCUCUCCAUCCCAUUUCUGAGGAGUGGGAAGCUGAAGAUGGCAAAGAAGGGGAAGCGAAGAAGGAGAACCAUGAAGAUUUGCAAAUGAUGAUAGCUGAAGCCCUUGUGGGAAAGAGAUUUCUUCUAAUUUUGGAUGAUGAAGGAGACAAAAUGGAUGAAGAACAAAUAAUAUCCCUGUUUAAUCUUCACCUGUUUAAUCUUCACGACCAAAGUUCAUACAAGGUUAUAAUUACUAAAGCAAAGAACAACACCGCCUAUGCUACCUCGGGAACCGAAGGUGUGAUUCUGGUGGAGCCCUUGUCCGUGGAAGAAUCAUUGUCCUUAUGGAGAGAAAGGGUUGGGAGAAGCAUUUAUGAAGAUCUAGCCAUUGAAGCUUUAGCUAAAACUUUCAUUGAAAAGACAAAAUAUUUGCCUUCUGCAAUUAUCUUGAUGGCAAAAGCCUUUAGUUAUUUUGUUCAACAUGAUUCUGGGACACGGAUACUUGAGCGAUAUUUGAAGGAAGCAUCAGCUUCUGACAAGGAAAGCUAUAAUAUAACGCAGCUAGUACGUAGUGGGUAUGACUUGUUGCCAAGGAAUGUCUUAAUUGACUGCUGUCGGCGUGGCAGUCACUACUUUCGUGACCGUGGAAGCAUCCAUUACAAUGAGUUGAUAGCUUAUUGGGUAAUGGAAGGCUAUUUUGGGCAUGUCGAUUGUAUCGAGAAGGCAUAUGAGAAGGGCCAUUCUGUUUUUAUGGAGCUUGUGGAUUUUCAGGUGCUGAAAAAACUGGAAGGUGGUUUUGUUAUCAUGGACAGUGCAAUCAUAGAUUUGGAUGACUCUGACCGUUAUGGAUUUGGCGGGACAGCCAGUCUUGGGUUGGCUGAUCUGUCUGAAGAUGUAGACUGGGAAGGCUUUGGGAGAAUCACGCAGAAAGAUGGAAUGAUAAAAUCACUUUGUACUGGUAAGAAGGAUCAAAAACUCUCAACACUUUUCCUUAAUGGAAACCGUUGUGGAGAAAUCAAAGAUAAUUUUUUUGGGUCGAAGAAAGAACUUCAAGUUCUUGCCCUUUUCAACCCAACGCUCAAAUCAUUGACACAGCUCUUGUCUGACAUGCACGAGCUUCGUGUGCUUGUGCUAAGAGGUUGUCAUUUUUUGGAGAAGAUCAAUGAGAAGUUUGAACUUCAAAGAUUGACUGUUCUUGAGAUAUCUAAUGCUAGCUCCUUACAGGAAAUUCCAGAUGAUUUUUUUGAUCACAUGCUCCAACUUCAAAGCUUGCAUAUAUCUGAACUGAAGGUCAAUCAUUUACCUUCAUCUCUUGAAAAACUCAAAGAAUUACGCUGGCUCAUCCUUAGAGACUGUUCUUGCUUUAAAACCCUAAUAAGUCUGAACAGUUUCAGCAAGCUCUUGGUGUGUGAUGUUUCUGGUGCUAAAUCUUUGACGACUUUUAGAGACAAAGCCUUUAAAGACAUUCCAAAACUUCAAACCCUUGAUCUUUCCCGUACCUCUAUUAAAAGCUUGCCAAAACUUAUCAAACUCAGAGAUCUUACUCAUUUCUCACUAAGUGGCUGCAAAUCCUUAGAUAGACUGCCCAGAACUGAAUCACUAACUACCCUCCAAACUCUUGAUCUUUCAGGUGCUAGGAAUUUUAAGGAAUUCCAUGAGCAGUCAUUAGGAAAUUCUGGUGGCCUUAAAAUUCUUGAUCUAUCGGAGACUCCUCUAGAAAAACUGCCUUCCAAGAUCAAUCCUCGCCAUCUGUUUUUAAAGCAUUGCUCUCAGCUAAAAAAACUGCCAUGCCUCGAAGCACUUAAAGACCUCGAGGUACUUGAUCUUUCAGGUUCAAAAAGUCUGGUUGAAAUCGAAGACCAAUUCUUCAGCCGUCUGAGAUCUCUUCAAAUUCUCAACCUUUCAGAAACUAGCAUAAAAACUCUACCAUCGCUUGCCAAUCAAAAUAAUAUCCGUCAGCUAUUAUUGUCAGGCUGCAUUGCUUUGAAAGUAAUAGAAGACAAAUCCUUUGAGCAUAUGUCUUUCCUUCAACAUCUUGACCUCUCUGAGACUAGUCUUGAAUACUUGCCAUCCCUUUUGAAUCUUAGCAAUCUCUCUGUCCUUUCACUGAAAAACUGUACAAACUUGAUAGCAAUUCCAUUGCUAGAGUCUCUAACAAAUCUUGAGGAGCUAAAUUUAUGUGGUAUUAGCACUUUGACGAAAAAUGGAGCUGGGUUUUUGGAGCACAGGAGCCACCUUCGGAUUCUUGACCUCUCUGAAACCCAACUUGAAGAGUUACCAUCAAUGUCAAACCUCAAAAAACUUCGUCAGCUUUCUUUAAGAGGUUGUCAGGGCUUACAAAAAGUGCUAAAUUUGGAAGAGCUUACAAGGCUUGAGGUUCUAGAUCUUUCUAGGACAGCAGUCACUCAUCUACCGCCCCUUCACAAUUUUAGCAAUCUCAAACAACUCCUCCUGGGGGGUUGUUCAAAGUUGGAAGGGUUUCUGGAUGUGGAGAUGCAUGAUCUGUUGGGGCCCACUGCUAAAGAGCUUCCCUAUGGAAUCUCAAAAUUGACUCAUCUUGAGUGCCUUGAUCUGCCGAACAUGAAGACUAUUGAAGAAGCUGAGAGCAGAAAUACAAAGUCCCUGCCAGAAGAAGAUUGGGGCAUCUCUAGUUUUCUUGAUAAAACACACCGGGACAAUGGCAAGCCUCCCAUAUCUGUAAAUGGUAUUCAAUUUCUUCAAGUUUUGAAGAAAAAUCCCUCUUUACUCACACGAUUUCAUUUCUGUGUUCAUCCUAGUACCAAGGGGCAAAAUAAGAAUGGGGAUACAUAUUCUUAUGGAAAUGACCUUAUUUUCAGAGAUACCCACUUCCAAACUGUAGAAUUUGGUCGUUUUAAAGAUCAACGAGUACUGGAGAUCAAUGGAUUUGAUCAUUUCCCAAAGGGUGCUGAGGAUAUUCUCUGCAGUGUUGACUGUGUAUUUUUUAUUAAUAACACUUUCAACAAAUGGUUAUCAGAUAUUGGUGUUUCCACCCUCAAGGCAAUCAAAGGCUGUUGGAUUGAGAGAUGCGCUGAAAUGGAGGGCGUUUUUCAUGCAGGAAAGGAAGAGGAUAUUGCUAAACUCGGGGAAACAUUGGAAAUUUUAGGGGUUUCAAAUGCUAUUAAUUUGUAUAGCGUACACAGUGGGAACCUUCUUUGGCAGGGCUUCAAAAACCUUAAAUCUCUGUAUCUUGAUUGCUGUCCAAAGCUUUCAACUGUUUUCUCAUCAUCCCAGUUGCCAAAAAACCUCAUAGUUCUUCAAGUCAAAUUUUGCAAUAAAUUGGAGAGUGUAUUUGAACAAACGUCUCCAGAGCCUAAAUUGCCAAAAUUGGAGACACUAUGUCUGUGGGAACUACCAGAACUGAAGAGCAUUGGAUGCACAUUGCCGUCUCUACAAACUCUAAAAGUAUGGGAGUGUCCAAAAUUGCAGAAUUCAGAAAUCAAUGUCAGUUUGGUUGAAAGUUUACAGACUUUAUGGAUUUCCAAUGUUGUUGAUUUGAAGAGUGUAUACAGUGGAAGCCAACAACCUGAGAGUUUAAGAAACCUUGUAACUUUGGUUCUUCAGAGUUGCCCUAUGCUUGAAAAUGUUCUCUCUUCACCUCAGCCGCCACAAAGUCUCAAGACCCUCAAAAUCAAGUCUUGCAACAAAUUGAAGACUCUGUUUGAACAUGACACGUCAUCAGAUUAUGUAUUGCAAAAGCUAGAGACACUUGAUCUACAAGAAUUGCCAAAAUUGGAGAAAAUUGGGGGCAAAUUUCCAUCUGUAGAAAAACACAUUAUCAUGGGAUGCCCAAAAUGCAGAUAGUCCACAGGGGUUUGAAUAUCAAGGUCUCCUCCUGUUGGGUAUCAGAGGAAUUCGACAUGGGAUGAUAAAUUAGGAGAUCGGGCACGUAAAUGAACAGAAGACAAAUUCAGGACUAUGGAGUAUUGGCUGAAAUUCCUCAAAACAAAUUCGAGAUCCAAACAUAGUCUAAGAGUUGCAUAACUAUGCUUUCUCUGGCAGGCUACGAAGUGGUGGUGCUUGGUGUAUUUGUCCUAGACGGAGCUGGUCUGAACAGUUUUCUGACCCUGCUCGGUGUCAGGCUCGUGCGACUAAGCUCAGCAUCACUUGAUGCAACUCAAUCUCAUUUGCAGAUACAAUUUAUUGUGUCUCCCAUAUGAGUUGAGGGUUGGACUUCAUUUAUCUGAUUCAAUGAAGUUGCACAAAUGCUUUUUCAUGAAUUGAGAUUUAUUUAUUUUAUUUGAUGUUGCAUCAGCAUGAGAUGGAGGCAAGCUUUUUAUUUUGAUGUCUAUUUUGAUCUGUUUAAACUGAUGGACUCAAAAUGUGAAGUUUAUAGUUGUCCUAAUCUAUAGGUAUGAUCAAAAUAUGGAGAA